UGGUCGGGGUUCCCCCCCAUCUGUCCGUCCGUCCGUCUGUCUUUUGGUCAUCUGGAAUGGUGCAAGCGAGACCGCGGCGAAGCUGAUCGCGAGGGCAAAAGGCAGCCCCGGCUGGAAGAUUCGCUGGUGGAGCUUCGCAGAGCAAUGAAGCGGCAAAAGCUGGCCGUGGCAGCUGGCUUCUGUCUGUCCUUCUUGCUGGGCACUUUGCUCAACCUCUUAUUCAUCCCGGCCUUUGAUCCCCUCCAGCAGCAGCAGCAGCGAAAUGCGGGCAUCGCGCACUCGUUGGCGGGCUCGCCUCGGGACAGGUCGUGGGAGGCGGCAAGGAGAAGCAGCGGCCGUCACCGGCGCUGGGAUUUAGCCCGGCAGAUCCGAGAGCGCUACGAAGAGGUGCUGCGGUACCAACAGAGACAGCCGCCCGGAGAAGCCGGAGCGGCGGGAGCAGCCGCGGCUAAGUCUCGGCCGGCGGUGCGACCUCUGGAGAGGCGGCUCAUGGAUCUGGCGCCGCCGAGGCUCCCCUCCUCGCCCACUGACCGCAGCCCACGGGGGCUCCAGCUCGGUUCGCCAGGUCUCGUUGCCUCCGGGGCCCCCUGGGUCCCCGAAUCCAAGCUAGAACUCUCUCUCGGGCCGCUUCGGUUGGGAUGCCAGGACAUUAGCAACGUGACCGAGGUCCAUUACCUGGGCUCCGGCUACACCAAAGCCGUCUACAAAGCGGUGCUCAACAAGAGCCUGGCGGUGGCCUUGAAGUCCGUCGACUUUGCGGGGCACGACAUCGACAAUUGCGUCAAGCUCUAUGGGUCUCUGGAAGACUGUUACAGGCUGGCCUCCUAUAAGAUUGUCAAGGAAAUGGUCCUUUUGCAACGGUUGCGGCACCCCAACAUCCUCCAGCUUCAUGGAUAUUGUUACCAAGACAGCAAUGACAUCUCAGACACCUUGACUGCCAUCACAGAACUAGGUUCACCAUUGGAGAUGAUACAGCUUUUGCAGACUUCAUGGGAGGACAGGUUUCACAUAUGCUUCAGCUUAGUUCAGCUUCUGCAUUACCUGGCCCAUUCUCCUCUUGGCUCUGUAACUCUAUUGGAUUUCCGACCUCGACAAUUUGUGAUUGUGGAUGGAGAGCUCAAAGUGACAGAUCUGGAUGAUGCCAGCAAUGAGGAAACCUUCUGCACUAGCAACAGAGAUUGUUUCAUGGAAUUUCCAGCAAGAAAUUUCACUCUUCCUUGUUCUGUUGAUGGCAAAUGCCAAAGCAUGAAUGAGAAGAGGAAUCUUUACAAUGCAUACAGGUUUUUCUUUACAUAUCUCCUGCCUCACAGUGCCCCUUCAUCCUUGAAGCCGUUGCUCGAUGCGAUAGUCAAUGCUACCGGAGAACUUCGCUGGGGAAUAGAUGAAACAGCCAUUCAUCUUGAAAGAGUUUUGUAUAUGUACAAGAGUGGCAUGUAUCUUAAGAACUCAACAUGGCCACACAAAUCAGAUUAUAAAAGAGUGCCUGAAGCUACAAUAAUCAAUGAAAAUUACAGAUGCUGGCCAUCCUACCAUCAUAAAGGGUGUCUCCUUUCUGUAUUUGAUGUAAAUGAGGCUAUAGAGGUAUGCGAGAGUCAUUCGCAAUGCACAGCUUUCGUUUUCAUCAACCAAACAACUUGGACAGGUCGUCAACUUGUCUACUUCAAGAUGGGAUCCACUUCUAUUGUGCCUGACCAUGACAAGAUAACAUAUGUGAAAGUGACUGGAUGAAGCUUAUGCGUCCUAUAAGCUCAAUUCUGGGCAGAUUUACUCAGACUACAUCUAUGUGCCUUACUCCAUAGUAAGUGCACCCAGGUUUGUUACCCUGGUUCAAUUGGUCAAUAUGACAGCUAUUGGGUUGGGUUUUUUUUUUUUUUUUAAUGAAAAUGGCUUUUGUGUGAAAAGAAGCUGAGAAUGGGGAGGAAACUGCACUCAAGCUCAAAACAAGUCUAAGAAGAGACCUUUAUUACCUGAAGGAAUGUGCAAUACAAUGACAUUUUAAAAAUGUGACUCUAUAUGAAGAAGCAGAAUGAAAUCCAAAAUGUGACACACUGCAUGGCUAGCCUUACAGUGUUAGAAAGCAGCAGCUUGCUUUUCUGACUAGAAUUGUAAACCCUCUGUACAAUUUUGAUGAGGGUUGGCUGAAAAUUCUUCCUUUUCAUAAGAAGCUCAGGAUUACUUAUUCCAAUAUUUUUGUGAGUAAGUAUAAUUAAUGCAGCACUGUUAAAUCUCUUGAAGAUCAAACUUUCUGGAAGACAAUCAGGACUUCUGUGAUUGUAUGAAAAAUAAGUGUGAACAUCAGGGUGGUCCUUGAGUAAGGGAUUUAUUUGCUAUCAGAAUUGCCAUCAAUUUUUUACAAUCUAGUAAUUCUGUCAGUUUCAUUAAACCAGCAAAAUUUGUCUGUGAAAAAAAUAUGCUCAAUUGCACAGUUUGCAGUAGAUAUUAUCUUAAAAGAAACAUUGCUUCACUUUAAUAGAGGGAGAAAUCAGAGGUGCGGUUCAGUCCUUUUAGCCUUCAAAUAUUAUGACUGUAUUCUCUCUUGAGGGUAUCAAAUAUUACUUUAGCAUAUCACAUGCUAAUUCUGCAGCUCGGGGACUCAAUUUGCUGAAUGGCGUUCUGAAUUUUAUUUUUUACCCAGUGUCCCCUGGUAGCACCACUGGAAAUAAUGCCACUUUUAAAAUUGCACAUGUCAUCUGCAGUUUUAAUCUGAUUGUGUAAAAGUAUGCACUGUGUAUCUGCUGCUCAGUUACUUUAAAAAAAGAUUAAUAUGCUUUCAAUCAGUCUAACUGGUUAAUUGACUGAAUUUUGCAAUUAUAGUACCUAUACAAAUACCCUAGCCUAUGCCUAGUUCAACAAUAAGCUAGAAGUUGUCCCUUAGUGUGAUGAUAUUGAAGUAUGAGAAAACUAUACACUGUAAGCCUAUGAGUGUUAGUAAAUGGGUAGGGUAAUUGCUGUCUCCAGAUCACACUCUAAACUGAACCCAUUUACUUUUCCCAUAUGGGUGAAUGUAUCUCACACAGCUUCAGAAAUUAAAAGUUCAUUAUAUAUAUGGGCUAACCAUAAUCUCCUUAAUAGGAGAAAGAGAAUGAGGUAUUAUCAUGUUACAGAAGCUUCUGAAAAUUGUAGUCUGCUUAUUUUAUCCCAAUGGACUUCAUAGAAACCUCCAGCAAUUAAGCCUAUAAAGAUCUAUAUAACUUCUCUUCAUUUUUGUUUAAAUUGAUCCAAGGUUAUAGGAAUGAAUUGUUCAAAUUAUGUCUAUCUAAAUGCUACUGCAAAAUUUUGUUUCUAUAUAUUCCGGUGUCCUAUUUUAUCUAAAAUAGGGCACAGGAAUAGACAAAAACAAAAUUUUGAACUGGCAUUUAGAUAUGCAUCAUGACUUGAUCAAUGCAUCCCUAUAGUCUUGUAUCAAUAUUUAGAGUUGAUUAUUAUUAAUUUGACACAAACUCAAAAGUUUUGAAAUCUGACAUUAAAAUGCACACUUGAUGUGCUGCACACAUGAGGUGUUUAAUGAACUGAAAAGUCUGGAUUCUCAUAUUGAUGCAAUGGACUAUCCAAAUUUCUGUCCAAGGGACACUACUGAUGAAUGAUGUUCUCAGUUGCAUUUGGUUCUAAAAAUUCAUGGCAUUGUUCCCAGAGGAGGCAAUAUAAACAAGGACAUAACAUCCUGAAACUAGAUGUUCAAAAUACUAGUGAAAAAACUUUAUUUGGGGCUAGUCACUUUUGUUUAUCCAAAAGCAGAGAGAAAUGUAUCCCCUGCCACAUCAAAAUGGCAGCUACCACUAAUGAGAGAUGCAUUUUUUCCAGAGUAUUAACAGCAAAAGAUACAUUUCUGCUGGUGAUUGUUUUGAAUUCUUAAGCUGUUGCUUACUAGCUUUAAAAAUAAAAUGUUUUUAACAACAGCAAAUGAAUCCAAGCCUUAAUAAUGGAAAAUUUGUAACAGGCGAAAUAUAUGGAUGUAGAUUAUGCUUUCAAUGAAAGCAAGCAAGGAAAUGUUAAACGUGACAAAUGUCAUACUGUUACCUAGUUUGUACAUCCAGGAAACUUUCUACUUUUGUUCUUAAAUUGUUUAUUUUUAUAUGAAAAUAAAAUGAAAUGGAUGAACUUC